ACAGUACAUACACACACACACACACACACGAAUAUUUGAAGAAUUGGCAGACGCGGAAGUGUAGCCACUUUCUACAAAUCAGUGUGGUGCUUAGAACAGAUCCGCCGGGUACCAAUGGCUUUUAGAUUUUUUGAGGAGAGUGCCCAUGUUGCCGCUUACCUGCAAUACAGAGUGACCCCCCAUGAGUUGAUCAACAAGAUCAUAGACUUUAUGGGACCAAAGUUGCAAAACAAGUUCAACCUUGCAGUAGAUGUCGGCUGUGGUAACGGAAAGGGGACAGUACUUUUGGCUCCGUACUUCAACCAGGUUGUUGGGACAGACGUUAGCCCCGCUCAACUGGGGCUUGCUCGGGCCAAUAGUAUUCGUCAGAAUGUCUCAUACAGGCAGAGUCCAGCAGAGCAACUGCCAUUUGAGUCCAGCCAGGUGGACCUUGUAACGGCCACGACGGCGGCCCACUGGUUUGACCGCCCACGGUUCCUGAAGGAGGCUGAGCGGGUUCUGAAGCCCAAUGGCUGCCUGGCGCUGCUUGGCAACAUGAUGGACAGGGCGCUGGAGUAUGGCGAUGCCACUAGCGCAGUUAACAACAUCUGUCAAGAGUUUCAUGCAGCUCUGCUCCCCUUCAAUCACCCUUGUCUGGGCUCGUGUCCUUCAAAAAUCUACUUUGACAUGUUCGAGGCCUGUCCCUUUCCGGAUAAACAGUGGCACAACUGUCAAAACAUUUACAGAAAAGUGACGAUAAACCAAUUCAUUGGUUUGGUAGAGACAUUUACUAGUUACCAGAACCUGAGGAGUGAGGAUGCCGCCAAGGCUAAACGUCUCUCUGAUGACAUCAGGAACAAGCUGCUCGCUGCCAUGCAGGUGUCCUCGCCAGACACGGAGCUCACCAUGGUGAUCAAAUAUUUCUACAUGCUGGCACGAAAACCUUGAUCUUUCGACUGUAAAUCAAGGACUUUGAAUAAAACUGAAGCCGAACUUGAAGCUAAGCUGUUUUAUUGGGCAUUUUGUUUUACUUGUGCAUAUUUAUUUGCUUGUAUUUAAUCCAAAUUAAUGAAUGCUAAAAUCAUUUCAGUCUUUCUUUAUCCGAUGCUUAAUUCCUUUGCAUGUGAUUAAUAAGAAAAGCUUCGCUAUGAGGAUUUUUUUUUUCACAGAUAAACAAAUAACAUUUUUAGUGUU